CCCGAGCUUCACCAAGCCUUAAGACCUUGUGGAUGGAAGACCUCUUCUGCUUCUGCGUUCACGUCAGAAUGGCCUAGGCCAAUCUCUUUCUCCAUGGUUCCUACACGUGUGCGCUACAGCAAUGUAUCGGGAUUUUGCCACUGGUGCUAGCAGACCAUCCAGAUGGCUGUAAACCUGCGGAGGAGAUAAAAAACGUGGUCUCUCAAACUGGAUUAAAGCAACCUGUUGAUAUUUUUAUUUAUACUUUUUUAUUUUUGUAUUUGACUUAAAGUGCCAUGAAAAAAUUUGCAUAUUGCAAGGUGGUCCUUGCCACCUCUUUGGUUUGGGUUCUUCUGGAUAUGUUUCUAUUGCUGUACUUCAGUGAAUGCAACAAAUGCGAUGAGAAAAAAGAACGAGGCCUGCCUGCUGGAGAUGUUCCAGAACCCAUACAAAAGCCACAUGAAGGACCUGGAGAGAUGGGAAAGCCUGUGGUCAUUCCGAAAGAGGAGCAAGAAAAAAUGAAAGAAAUGUUUAAAAUAAAUCAAUUUAACUUAAUGGCAAGUGAAAUGAUUGCACUCAACAGAUCUUUACCUGAUGUCAGGUUAGAAGGGUGUAAAACGAAGGUGUAUGCAGACAACCUUCCCACGACAAGCGUUGUCAUUGUUUUUCACAAUGAGGCUUGGAGCACACUUCUACGGACUGUUCAUAGUGUGAUAAACCGAUCACCGCGGCACAUGCUGGAAGAAAUCGUCCUCGUCGAUGAUGCCAGCGAAAGAGAUUUCUUGAAAAGACCGCUGGAGAAUUAUGUGAAAAAAUUAAAAGUACCUGUUCAUGUGAUUCGAAUGGAACAGCGUUCUGGAUUGAUUAGAGCCAGAUUAAAGGGGGCUGCUGCUUCAAAAGGCCAGGUCAUCACCUUCUUAGAUGCUCAUUGUGAAUGUACAGUAGGCUGGCUUGAACCUCUGCUGGCAAGGAUCAAAGCUGACAGGAGAACAGUUGUGUGUCCCAUCAUUGACGUAAUUAGUGAUGACACCUUCGAAUAUAUGGCAGGUUCUGACAUGACCUAUGGUGGGUUCAACUGGAAGUUGAAUUUUCGUUGGUAUCCUGUUCCUCAGAGAGAGAUGGAUCGACGGAAAGGAGAUCGAACCCUUCCUGUUAGGACACCUACAAUGGCAGGAGGUCUUUUUUCAAUAGACAGAGAUUACUUCCAGGAAAUUGGAACAUAUGAUGCUGGAAUGGAUAUUUGGGGUGGAGAAAACUUAGAAAUUUCUUUCAGGAUUUGGCAGUGUGGUGGCACUUUGGAAAUUGUAACUUGUUCACAUGUUGGGCACGUGUUCAGAAAAGCAACACCAUACACUUUUCCAGGAGGUACAGGGCAAAUAAUCAACAAAAAUAACAGGCGACUUGCAGAAGUCUGGAUGGAUGAAUUCAAAAACUUUUUUUACAUCAUUUCUCCAGAAUUAAAGCUGAGUGGAACGUCAAAGAGCUCAGCCAUAGUGCUGGAAAGUAGCCAUCCAAAUACAUCUCGUAAUGAGCUGGAGUCUGGCCUCUGGCUUCUGUGUUGUGAGCGUUCCAGGUUGAACAGGGCACUAAACUUUGGUACUAGAAUUUCCAAGCGUUUCAAGAACAGGAUCAUACAGGACCUGAAUAAGUUGGGUUAUUCUGAAAUUGCUGUGUUGCCUGGAGCUGUGAAGAGAGCGGUGAAGCACAGAUACUUUCAGACCCUGUGGUUUCCCUGUGCUGGUUGUGAGCUCUUACUUGGGCACCCCUGCUCCUUGUCCUGUGUCCAUCCUUGUCAGUCAGCAGCCUCUUGUAUCCCAGCUGCUGACCGGAAGGUGUCCCGAAAAGCAGACCAGGAUUUACCCAAGUUCAUUGGAGCUAAG